AUGUACACCCUCGAAGAAGUUCAAAGGCAUAACAAGCCAGACGAUGUUUGGAUCAUUCUACACAACAAAGUCUACGAUGUCACCAAAUACCUCGAAGACCAUCCUGGUGGCAGCGCCAUCUUGAUUGAGGUCGCUGGCACAGAUGCUACUGAGGCUUUCGAAGAAAUUGGUCACUCUGACGAGGCUCGUGACGAAUUAGUGCAAUAUUAUGUUGGCGACCUGCCAUCAGAGGAACACGCCGAAUCAAUUGAGGUCUAUCGACCUACCUUUGAGCAAGUUGCACAAACUGCUGUUGUAUCUGUCAAGCCACCGCCCAAUCGAAUUCGUUCAUUGGCUCUCUCUUUGCUCAAGCUUAGCAUGACUGGCGCUUUGGGAGGCGUGGCUUUUGCUGGCUACAGCAACGGAUGGGGCCAAUUUGCCCCAAUAUUCAAGAAGCUAUCGGAGAGCGUCUCAGCUGCUCUAUCCAACCGCCCCAACUCCUCUGGUCAAUUCUGGUACGGAUUCGGAAUCGCCAGUGUCGCCCAGCUGUCCAUCACCUUCGGAGCGACCAUGUGGAUUUCAUCCAAGCUAGACGUCCAGCAAGAGUUCACGCACCAUUCACCGCACCGUACCGCUCGCUCGGACAGACUUAUCUUCCGCAAGAAGGUUUCAUCAACCGUCAAGAAGGCUCCCACCAAGGCUCUCACUGCAAGCCCACUCGACCCGCGCCAGUUUAAGAGCUUCCCUCUCACCCACAAAGAACUCGUCUCUCCCAACGUUUACCGAUUCACCUUUGGCUUACCCAACAAAGAUGAUAUCCUCGGUCUCCCCACAGGCCAGCACAUUGCCCUGCGCGCUACCAUCAACGGAAAAAGCGUCUCCCGCUCUUACACGCCCGUCUCCAACAACACUGAUCUGGGCCGUAUCGAGCUCCUGGUCAAGGUCUACCCCCAAGGUCAGAUGACGAAGCAUCUCGAGCAAAUGAAAAUUGGCGAAACUAUCGAGAUCCGUGGACCCAAGGGCGCGAUGCAGUAUACCACCUCCUACGCAAACCACAUCGGUAUGAUCGCGGGUGGUACCGGUAUCACUCCUAUGUACCAGCUCAUCCGGGCAAUCUGCGAUGAUAAGGCCGAUACCACCAAAAUGAGUUUGCUGUAUGCGAAUAACACCGAAGAGGACAUUUUGCUGCGCAAGGAGCUGGAUGACUUUGCUCGUGAGAACCCGCACAAAUUCUCUGUGCAAUAUGUGCUUUCACAGGCUGGUGAAGAUUGGACUGGUCACCGUGGCUUUAUCUCACAGGAUCUUAUCCAAACUUACUUGGCGCCCGCCGAUGAGGACAAUAAGAUGUUGCUGUGUGGCCCGCCGCCUAUGAUUAAUGCGAUGAAGAAGACUCUCGCAGGUCUGGGUUGGAAGGAUCCUAGUGCUGUUUCCAAGGCUACGGAUCAGAUUUUCUUGUUCUAA